AUGGUUGGAUUCAUCGAUCUACCCAGUUCGUCAGUACUUCAUAAGAUCGCACAACAGCUCGUAGACAGUUGGUGGAAUGGUUUGAAAGAGGUAGAAAAAGAAGAUAAGUUUGCUAAGCUUCUGUCUGAGUUCCACAUCUCAGAUGUCAAAACAGGCCGUGAGGGAAUCUCAAAAGCCAUUGGAUCCAGGAAAGACCUAGUGGACUUGUGUCAUCGCCUGAAUGUCAAACCUUCUGGCGUCUUGCAGAUCAUGAGCAAAUGUGUGACCUUCCCGCCUGACAUGAUUGGCCGAAGUACUCUGAACAUGCUUAAAGAAUGGGUACACCAAGGUGGGACUAGGGCGAGGCUUCUGGAAGUUGCUCAGGCUUUUCGUUUCAACGAAGCAGCAGUCAAGAUAGCAGAAGCCAUGAAAUGCCAACCAAGCUAUAUGCCUUUCAUCUCGCAUGGCAUCAUUGAUCACAAGGGUGGAGAACUGACCAUUGAUGAACUUGGUAUUGCUGUAUCUAUCCCUGAAGGAGCUAUACCUAAAGGGAUGAGAUCAGUUGUAACUAUUCGCGUCCCAACUUACGAUACUCCAAGGCUUCCUGUACGGAAGGGUGAGGUAGUCAUUACUCCAGUCAUCGAAGGUUCUCUGACACAAGAAUUGCUCAAGCCUGCCACGGUGGUAUUACCACACUGCACCAAUCAACAUGAACUUAAAGACGACUCUUCUGUUAUCCUGUACACACAAACGGGACCAGGAACGUUCGGUCGUAGGAUCUUGACUCCGUCACAAAUCUUCAAAGGUAAGAUCAAGUUUAGUACACGUCAUCUUCAAGUCUGGGCUCUGUCAUCGACUGAUCUUCACGGACUCCAGUUGAGAUGUGUAGUCUUCCAGCCUCUCUUCAUGACUCCUACAGAGAAACCAACUCUACGUGCAUACAUACUUCAUCCAUAUAAGAACUAUAUAGAGAUUCCCAUCAAGAGUAUAAUAGAUGGAAAGUGCAGCCCUCUGAACUUCGAGCUUCAGUUCUCUCCAGAAGAGAAAGGAAAGAAGACCGGCCACAUCGACAUACUACAAGGGUCUGCAACACGUGCAGAAAGAGGGUUUAACAUUUCAAUAGAAGAUGAACCGGAUUAUGCAGUCGAUCAGACAGAUUCGAAGGGGCGAUUGCAGUAUGUAUCCAACAAUCUCCUCGAGAGCCUUGCCGGUGUGAUCCAUACACCAAAGGACUUAAAGUCCCUUGGAUACCAGCUUGGCUUCUCUUCUUCAUCUAUGGAGAAAUACAACGACCCAGUAGACGUUUCAUUUGAUAGUGUCUCGAGGUCAGGCUUUGGUGAGAUGCUACGUGACUGGAGACGGCAGGUUCGACCUAGUGAGCAGGUAGAUGAACUUCAUUUGGCAUUGCAAAAUGCUGGGUUAGGCCAUACAGCUGAGGUCAUCCUACCCGACCUAAGUAGCAGGAAGCGCUUUGCACAAGUCAGAGAAGUAUGGGAGUCGAAGAAGUAGGCAAACCUGUCACUGAAAUGUGUAUUAUCAUCCCACGACCAAGAAGGGAAUCACUUGAUGUGUGCAUUCAGCUGAGAAGCAUACGUCUUGAGAAACAUGUAUUCUAGGCCUGCAUGAUUCUCAGCCCGAAUCUCGAACGUGCUGUUUCUUCCCUACCCAAUGCUGCUUGGAGUCAUGUUUAAGAAGGCGGUUUAGAUAUGGUAUUAAGAGUGGUAAACAUUUAUAGUGUUUGUGUGUGGGGUGGGUGUGGUGUAAAAUAACUUCUCGUUUGGAACACGCGCUUGGUAGGCCUUAGUCCUUUUCCUUCCAUCCUUCCCUCAAUGAUAUCUAACAGAAUUCAUCAUGUCCAAUUCAUUUCUUCUGUCAUUCAUGUUGUUGCAAACUUCCGCUCCUCCCGGCCACUCUGUGUAGAACUUUACCAUUUGUCACUUUAUCCACCCAACUAAUAUCUUUGCCAUUUCAAAACCUUGAAACGUUUUGAGUUCUGCCGACUUCAGAGUUCAUGCCUCUGAUCCC